CCCACUCUCUUCCUCUAUAUAUAGCUAUAUAAGUUUUUUGGAGAAAAUUCGGAGACUAAACAAUCAUGGAAAGACAUGAUUUAGAUUCUUUGAUUUCCAAAAAACAAAGGAUAGAUUCUACGAUAACCGAAGAUAUCCCAAACCUUAAAAGCGAGGCUAGUUCUAAGGUCGGUGAAUCUAUCUGUAUGACAAACAAAUUUUCUGAUAGUAUAGUUUACAGAUUGUACUUCAAAGGUUUGGUGAGUGACAAAACGACGAUGGAUAAUGAAAAGAUGAUAUUUGCUGGUAUUGGAGUUGCGAUUUGCGAUGAUGUGGAUAAUUUGUUAUUUGAAAUGAAAGAAUCUGUGGACGCCACCAAGAUUCUCUGUCAAGUAGAGAUUCUAGGAGCGAUUUGUGGCAUAAAUCACUCAAUUCAAUUGGGCAUAAAAAAUGUGGUGAUUUAUUGUGAUCACCCUCGAAUUUACCAAUUGAUAAAUGGUAGAGGGAAUCCUUCUACGCAAAUGAUGGAGGAUCUCGUGGGAGAAUUCAUACACUAUAAAGAGAAACUGGCUUCAAGUGAGAUUGUCUUGGUUGCACCAAAUGAUAUUAAGUUUGCUUAUAGACUUGCAAGAGAUGUGAUAGCUUCUCAAAUCAGCAGCAACGCUUGUGGGGUCAAAUGGAAGAUUUUCCAACGAGAAUGCCCUUCUGGUUGCGUAGACAGUUACUAUGAUGACUAUGAUGUUGAUGAAGAAGAUGAUGAUGAUGAUGAUGAUGAAGAUGAAGAUGAAGAUGAAGAUGACGACGACGACGACGACGACGGUGGUGAAUCUGGUGACGGUGAUGUUGGCUUCUAAGAGUUUGCUGUUUGCCAAACCUAUUAGGCUAUUUACCUUAAUAUGUCAAAUGAGCAGAAAAAUAAGAGCAACAAUUCAAGAGGUUGGUUUCGAAUUCUAUACCAAUCAAUGUAUUUAUCAAUAAUUUAUAAGUAUGUAUGUACAUGUGUGUGUUGGAAAAUACUAUUAAAACUGAUAAACAUCAUUUUACUAGUAAGAAAACUUUUAUAAAUUAUUUUGAUAUAAGUUACAAUCAAUCUAUUAGCUGAAAAAAAUAUUUUCUACUCAAAUAAUUA